GUUCAGAGCCACGUACGUAGUCACGAGAAAAGUACACGGCGAGAGUAAAAGCGAUCAGAAUAUAUACAGCUAUAUUUACCUACAGUAUACUUAACGACCAAAGAUAAAGAACUUAAGGGACGACAAAGAGUUCGACAAGUUCUUCUUCUUCUACUUAUAAGCUAAGAAAAUAUAACGUUGAAUUUUUGUAUCUAGAUGAAGUAGCCCGUUCAUCGGAAGAAAAGGCUUUGACGACACCGAACGACAAAUACUAACUUCAGCGGCGCACGAAAGCGAAACUACAAGCAGCCACGCACAACUGUCACCAAAAGCUCGACACCAGCGACAUCGAUAUUGACACCCACAUCAACUAUCAACACCAGCGACUCUCUUCUAACGUAGAUCCUGAGGAGCGUAUCUAGGCUCAGGAGCUAUACACUAUAAUCUUCUUCAACGAAACGACUACGACUUCGUCGCAAGCGCAAAGCCUUGGAGCCUCUCCAUCACAUUGACACAAGUAGAAGAGCAUCUCAACAAGUAGGUUGUUUCAAUGGGAGUAUUAAGUUCCUCGAGGGAGGUGCGUCCCUCACAGAAGUCUGACGAAGUUGCUGCUGCUCUAGACGUCUCUUCCGACUACUCAUUCGACGAUGACGAUGUCGCAGCUCUUGGCGAGCCUAAAAUCGUGCGGCCAUUCCGCGACUGUAAGGAUGUGCUCUUUCACAUCUUUACGAUCCCAAGAAUCGUCCUAUUGGGAUUACUGGUACUAUUACAAGGAAGUUUUUUGGUGAAAAUAGAUCAAAUUAUUUCUAGAGAUUCUACGUAAGUAGCAAAGAGAAAGGCUCCGAUGAACUACCUCUACCACCUAGAGUUUUUUGAUAGGAGAUCAUGUAUCUGCCCUACGAGUAACGUGUACUAGCUAAGUACUUAAUUACUUCUACAUCCUUUAUUCCCUAGGUAAUCACUCUCUCGACUAUGCGGCCUGUGAUUUACUCGGAUUUGCCGAGUCGGGAAUGGUUCGCGGACAUCAAGAAGGUGUCGAAAGUCGACGAAAACGGGCGUCAGGUGAUGGAGGAGUUGGUGGAACUCCGCACCACCAUAUCUACGCACCUGGAUCGCGUCAGAGCGCUCUACGAGAAGCCGGAGAGUGUCUAUUGGGAAGUGGAUGCGCAAGUGCCGGUCGAUCCGGCCAAGCCUAAUGGCCCAACAAAGACGGUCCGCCGACCGCGCGACGCGGGCGAGAAGUGCGAAAGACAACAAAGCCGAGGAGAGAGAAUCGCGCCUCUUGGCACCCAAACGCCACAGGAGUUGAAGGACGAGUACACGAGCAAAUUCUGUACCUGGAGACAAUACGUCGUGCUCAACUUGAUUUUGCUCAUGGUCGUUUUCAUGGUGGAGGGGAUUCCACCAGAGAUGGCGAUUUUUACGGUGAUCCUAGUGUCCUACGCCUUCUCCUGGAUCAGCUACAGCGUGCCGCUUAGCCAGUACUGCACCAACGGGAGCAUUCCCGCAGACUACAGCAUCCGGGUGGAGCCCUUCUUGUUUCUGGAAAACGGGCUGGACGCCAUUUUUACGGGGCUCAAAAGCAAAAACACGCUAAUUUACGCAGGCAUGUUUGUCCUCACGUGCGCAUUUACGGAAACCAAGAUCCUCGAGAAGCUACUAGGAGCUGUGAUUGGGACGCCGAAAAGCCAUUGGGUACAACUUACACUUUAUAGAAGAUCCAAUCAGGAGAUUCAUUGUGCUGGCGAUGAUCUUAUACCUAAAGAUAAAACAAAGUGCACCUACUUCCACUUCUUCUUCCCCCAUUCCUCCAUUCUCCAACUCCAUGAAAUCAACUUCUUCCAUCAGGCUGUAAUUUUGCGACUGAUGAUCCCUGGAAUGAUAUUGUCUUCCGUCUGCCCUAACGGACCGAUGACGCAGAUGUGUAUGCCUCUGGCCGUUGCUAUUUGUGAUAAAGUGGGCAUUUACUCGACGCGCACGUACUAUAUGGCCCUAGCUUUCGCCGUGACAAUGGGCGGCAACCUGACUCUAGUCGGAUCCACGCCCUGCAUCUACGCUUUGAACGCCUUUAAGAUGUGGGCGAAGGGAGGCGGACAAGCGCAGACGCGGCGAUUUCAGAUGUGCCGCGAGACGGUCGGCAAAGUCCAUAAUUGGCUGGACUUUGAGGACCCGCAGAGUGCUGUGAAAGUGAUCAAUCUUGAGGGGAUGAAGCGUGCGAGGAAAAUUGUCGGCAUAGACGUAGUGGACGAGGCCAUGAACAACUUGCGCGUUCCUGGUUUCCGGUUUACCGACGCCAACUACGAGAAGAUCGUGGAAUCCCAGUGUACCUUUAGCACUUUAGAUCUGGGUUUUCUCACGUUGGGACUGCUGGUGGCAGUGGCCGCCUUGCCGGCAAUUUGGUAUGCGAUAUGGGUCUUCGCCAGGGAAGAAGACAAGCAGAGAGCACUGGAAAGUGAAGCGGAGAGCGGCUUGUCGGAUAAAGUUCUUGGAGUAGCUGGGUCCAUAGACGGUUCACCAUCAAGUGGGUUGGCAAUAGUGAAAGAGGAAGUAGCAAAUAGAAGAGACUCAGUAUCUUCGGUUCGAGAAGACACAAGAUUUCGACGCACCAGUGUUCAGGUACUGAUACUUACAGUUCUUCUAAUUCGCAUAUUUUUACUGCGCAAGCUCAGGCAAUAAAGGAGCCAAAGAGCAAGAUUCACUAGAGCCGAAAUAGAAAAUGAGAUUGAUGAAGCAAGAGCUUCAAUCGUGCUGCAACAACAAUAAAGUCAAACUCACAUCAACUCAAACAACAAUUUCAGGCAUCACUUGAGCAGCUGCAGCAAACCUCAACUGCCUCUGUCGCUUUUGCGAUCCAGAAUAGCACGGUUGUGAAGGAGGGCGAGGCUGCGCCUCUGCUCGCAGAUCACCUAGACGGGGACGGUGACAUUGACAUUGAGGAAGGGCGUUCUCUGCCUUUCGGCGUCUCCGCUGCUGUGGCAGUUAGCAAUAGCAACAGGAAAAACGCGUCUUCGUCGACAGUACCUGAUGCCCUUCGCCGUCGUGGUACCACCACUGGUGACGCGAUUAUGCGGUAUCAGAGCCACGUCAGUGUCAUCCCUCCGAAGGCUCACGCGUCGCGGGACCGAUUGCCAGCCUACGACGUGGAAUUUCGUGUCACGAAAGGCGCAAAGGACCUCAUCGGCAGCACGCUGCAACAGUCGGCACUCUAUCGGAUGAAGGGCGUAGAAAUCUACCUCCACGUCGCAGCGGGGAAGAAGAAGCCACAGUUUGCGAGAACGGAGGAUGAGGUAUUUCUACCUAUUUUAAAUAAACUACAUACUUAAUUUUUGAAGAAGAAGAAGAACGAGCUUCUUGUGUAUUUUUUGGAUUCAAGGAUGUAUUGGUCAAAGGUUUCAACAUACGUGCUUGAGAUUUUCUCUGACAAGAUAUGCACAAUCAAGAAGGUGACAUGAACGAAGUGAUCCACAAGGAGAUGACUGGAUCAUUUACAACAAGGGCUUACUUCUACUUCUUUCUAAUUGUUAUUAAGUAAAUGAUAAUCUAUUACUGCCUGUAAUUCUUGGCUCUUAUGAUCUCCUGCUUACCAGUUAAUAUUCACUCCAUCUUACUUCUAAGUAUCUAAUAUUUCACUCCAUGCAUCUCGACAAACUUUUACUUUCCUAAACUACACUGACUACAGCUUCAUCUCGACAAACUUUUACUUUCCUAAACUACACUGACUACUCUCGACAAACUUUUACUUUCCUAAACUACCCUACAGCUUCCAGAAAUGGGCGCUUUGUCAGCUUACUUUUUGGAUUCGCAGAGGAGCAGUGAUGGUGGAGCCGAAAUGCGUGAUGCGGACGACAUUGUGAUCGAGGGAGGCUGUAUUUUAGGGGUGCGAGCGUCCGCCAAGGUGAUCGGCAAGUUGUCAAGGCAAUUUCACGGUUUGGUCCCCUCAGCAGACUACUACGACCUCCUCGGCAAGGGCCGCAAGCAGCGACAGAUGUUCGAGGUAGUACUUUCGGACGCGUAUCUGGCGAAACUGAGCGUCAAACGCUUCUUUCUAGAGCAUGACGCCGUGAUCCUGGGCGUCGACGCGGAGAGCCGUUUAGUGUUGGUGGAAGGGUUCUCUAGUUUCGCGGCGAACGCUUUGGGAGAGAAUGUCAAACUCGUGUCCGCGGUUCCGAGUUCGCGACCACCGCGUAGCAGCACGUUGGCGGACACGCUCCGCGGCUUAGUGGCUUUCGUGGGGUUCAUCGCGAUUAUCGGUGUGUGUGCGAUUCCAGGACUGAAGGUGGGGAAAAUCGUUUUAGAAGAAAACUUCCCGACCAUGAUCAUUGGACUUGGCGUUCUACUCGUCGCUCUGCGGUGCAUCACCUGGUCGCAGGCUCUAGGCAGCUUAAACGGCGGGGUCUUACUCCUCUUCGCCUUUGCGGAUGCACUGCAGACGAUCAUGAGCACAUCGGGAACGUCUCAAUUUUUGGCCAAUUUGAUCGCCAAAGCUACUGGCGGCUCUCACGUUUUGUCGGUGUUUGGAACCGGAAUUACGGUUUCGCUGUUGACCCAGUUCCUGAACAAUGCGACGUGUACGCAGAUGCUCUGGGACAGCACGCUGGCUUUGUGCCACAACAGCGGGAUCCCGAUCAAGCCAAUGAUGUGUCUGUUGGCGCACACGAGUGGCUACGCCUUCUGCACGCCCAUCGGCAUGCCACCAACGCUGCUGGUGAGAGUAGCAGGAAAUUACUCCUUUUUCGACUACCUGAAAGCGGGAUGGUUACUGCAGCUCAUCAGCACAUUGCUCUGUUGCUCUCUUGUGUCGAUCUGGGUAACCUACGAAACCUCAGGCGGCGAUCAGCCAAACACGCGAGUACUCUUCAACUAA